AAGUAAAGAUGGCUGCGCCCUUCAGAAACUGUUCACGUCUUGCUGCAAAUCUUCGCAGUAAAUUACCAUCGGUGAUGAAUGAAAUUCAUUCAAACCAUAGAGAAUGUUUAAGGAAUCGAUUAUCUGCGGGAAUCAGUGUUAAACGAGCUGAUUCUACUUUCUGUUUCUACAAUCAGCGAACUUUCACUUUACCUCAAACAAAUGUCAACAGAAGACAAUAUUCAACUAUUUCGGAGAGAACGUGUUGGAAGUGUGGGAAUAAAGUGGACAACAAUGAGGAACUGUUCUUUUGUAAGUGUGGCGUGGUGCAGGAUAUAAAGGGCCUGACCUUCUUUGAGUUGAUGGGUAUCCCAGAGUCCUUUGACAUCGACGUCACCUCACUGACACAGAAGUACAGAGAUCUCCAGCGACAGCUCCAUCCAGACAAGUACACACUGAAGAGUGAGAAAGAAAAGCAGAUAGCGGAGGAGCAGUCAUCCUGUGUUAACAAGGCAUACUUCACUCUCCUGAAGCCCCUCCCCCGGGCCCAGUACCUCUUGGAGAGGCAGGGCAUCCCGAUAGAGGAGGACAACAGCGAUGUGGACCAAGCAUUCCUAAUGGAAAUCAUGGAGGUCAAUGAGGAUAUAAUGGACGCUGACACGCCUGAUGCUCUCCAACCAAUCCAAAUGUCCAACGACCUCAACAUCAAAAACUGUGUGUCCGAAAUAUCCAAAGCUUUCAGUAACAAUAAUAUUGAGAAAGCCAAGGAGUGGACAAUUCGGUUGAAGUAUUUCAACAAUAUUAAUGAUAAAAUAAUUGGUAUUUAUCAGAAGCAUUUCGGUGCUCAAUAGACUUUGUCAGUAUUUUGUAGUAAUUUGUGGCACGUGAUAUUAAAAUGUUACUCUAUACA